AUGAAGAUUUUCUAUUGGAACUUGCGGCGUAUUGCUAAUGACCCUACGCAAGACCUUCUAAGAAAGUUUGUCCAGGAUCAUCAUCUUGAUGUGUUAUGUAUUGCUGAACCUUUUGUUUCUUUGGACUCCAUUCCAUCUCAGUUUUGGAUGUCCAUGAACUUGGUGGAAGUAAGUACUAAUGACUGGGGUGCAGCUUUAUCUAAUUUAUGGAUGUUUUGCAAACCGUCUCUUCUCCAUGUAAUUAAUGUUGUUUCUAGGACUGAUCAACAAGUGACUAUUACUGUUACUUUGGAUUCAGUUCAGUGUGUGCUUACUUCUGUAUAUGCUCGCACAACUAUGGAGGGUCAGCGGCGUCUUUGGAUUGACCUUGCUUCUGUUAAAGAGAAUUUUGUUUCUGGAGGGGCAGAAUUCACUUGGGCUCGUCAUCGUGGUGUUAGAGGUAAUGUUGAGGAGAGACUUGAUCGUUGUCUUGCUAAUCUUCCUUGGUUGGAUAGCUGGGACUCUUUUGAUUGUUGCACUCUUCCUCGCUUAUGCUCGGAUCAUAAUCCUAUCAUGAUGACCUUUUCUAAUGCUUUUGGGGCACGCCAAAGUCUAUUUCGGUUUAGGUGGAUGUGGUUAGAACAUAGUGAUUUUCAGGGUUUUGUGAAGCAGUGUUGGGAUUCUGUCCGAAUGCAUGAUUGUCCAUUGCGUGUGGACGCAAACCUUGCUGCUCUAGUAGCCCUACAAAAUGAUAUCUCAUAUUCAGGGGGUACAGAUGAUGUUUAUGCUAAAGAGUGUGAGUUACAGGCCAAUUUGUCUGAGUCUUUACGCUUACAAGAACUAUUUUUGAAGGAAAAAUCAAGGUUGAGUUGGAUUUCAGAGGGGGACCUUAACACGACUUUCUUUCAUGCUAUGUUUCGUGCUCGGCGUGCCCGUUCUUCAAUAACAUUAUUGAGAGAUGGUAAUCAGGUUUAUCAGGAUCCUCUUACAAUUCAGAAUCACAUUGUUGCUUACUACACUGAUUUAUUUGCUAACCAUGCAGAUUAUUGCGAUACGGGGCUUAUUAGCCGGGUCAUUCCUUCCUUGAUUACUGAUGAUGAGAAUAUGUCCCUAACUUCAGUUCCCUCUUCAUAA